AUGGAGCUGCACAUCCUGGAGCACCGCGUGCGGGUGCUGAGCCUCGCCCGCUCCGGCCUCUGGCUCUACACCCACCCGCUCAUCAAGCUGCUCUUCCUGCCCCGCCGGAGCCGGUGCAAGUUCUUCAGCCUCACGGAGACGCCCGAGGACUACACGCUCAUGGUGGACGAGGAGGGCUUCAAAGAGCUGCCCGCCUCGGAGUUCCUGCAGGUGGCCGAGGCCACGUGGCUGGUGCUGAACGUGUCGUCCCCCAGCGGCGCCGCCGUGCAGGCCGCCGGCGUCACCAAGAUCGCCCGCUCCGUCAUCGCCCCGCUGGCCGAGCACCACGUGUCCGUGCUGAUGCUGUCCACCUACCAGACGGACUUCAUCCUGGUGCGGGAGCAGGACCUGUCCGUGGUGAUCCACACGCUGGCCCAGGAGUUUGACAUUUACCGCGAGGUGGGCGGCGAGCCGGUGCCCGUGGCCAGGGACGAUGCCAGCAAUGGCUUCCCGCGGGCUCAGCACGCAGGGCCCAACCCCACGGUGCAUCCUGUCCAGAGCCCGCAGAACCGCUUCUGUGUCCUCACGCUGGACCCCGAGACUCUGCCGGCCAUCGCCACCACCCUCAUCGACGUCCUCUUCUACUCACACAGCGCCCCCAAGGAGGCAGCCCCUGGCGAUCCCGGGCCCAGCUCCAUCACGUUCUUCGCCUUCUCCCUCAUCGAGGGCUACAUCUCCAUCGUCAUGGACGCGGAGACGCAGAAAAAGUUCCCCAGCGACCUGCUGCUGACCAGCUCCUCGGGGGAGCUGUGGAGGAUGGUGCGCAUCGGGGGGCAGCCGCUGGGCUUCGAUGAGUGCGGGAUCGUAGCCCAGAUCGCGGGCCCCCUGGCCGAGGCCGACAUCUCUGCCUACUACAUCAGCACCUUCAACUUCGACCACGCCCUGGUGCCCGAGGACGGCAUCGGCAGCGUCAUCGGCCUCCUCCAGCGACGGCAGGAGGGCCUGGGCUCCUGA